GUAAAGAAAAAUAAUCGGGAAAUCUCCCAUUCCCUCUUCCCGCUCGCCUCGAGAAAGCAGCGACACUCCUGCUUCGGCGUCGUUGCCCUCUUCCACCGGCGGAGGACGAGUAAUGAUGCAGCCGGGAGACUGCGACGACCGUGAUGACAUCGACGCUUUCGCUCGCUUUCUCAUCACUCAUCACUCCCCUCAACUCCGUUCCAUCCUCCUUUCUCCCGAUCCCAAUCUCCAUUACCCGAUCGUCGUCGAAUUCGCGGAACUAUUGGAAUUCGAUCCUCCCCUCGCUCACCUUCUAUUCUCCCAUCCCUCCGAUCACCUCCCGCACUUUGAUGAAGCCGCUCGUCGCUGCCAGGAUGUCAUUCUUCAAGAACCCGAUUUUUCGGGUCAUAAGUCCAGCAAGAAGUAUCACGUUCAUAUCAGAAUCAGCACCGCAGGAUCCCCGCUGGAAUCCCCAGAGACGUUUCCAAGCAUUGGGCGGGUGAGGGUUAGGCAUCGAGGAAUCCUUCUCACGCUCAAGGGGACUGUUAUCCGAUCAGGGGCCAUAAAAAUGAUUGAGUGGGAGCAGAUUUACGAGUGUAGGAAAUGCAAGCACAGGUUCAAAGUUCAUCCUGAGCUGGAAUCUGGAAAGUCCAUAAAACCUCCCACCUCUUGUCCUUCUCGGAGGUCUAAGAGUUGUGAAGGAACCUACUUCAUACCUAUAGAAGACAGUAAAGUAUGCCAAGAUUUCCAAGAGAUAAAAAUUCAAGAAAGCACACAACUGUUAGGUGUUGGAUGCAUACCACGUUCAAUUUCAGUUAUUCUAAUGAAUGACCUUGUUGAUAUGGUCAAAGCUGGGGAUGAUGUAAUAGUAACCGGCAUUUUGUCAGCAAAGUGGUCUUCAGAUUUAAAGGAUGUCCGCUGUGAUCUGGACCCUAUUUUACUUGCUGAUUUUGUAAGACGAACAAAUGAUCUGAAAUCUGAAAUUGACAUACCUGAUGAAGCAAUUAAGAAUUUUGAGCAAUUCUGGUCACACUACAAAGCUACGCCACUUAGAGGAAGAAAUGCCAUUCUACAAGGAAUCUGCCCACAAGUUUUUGGUCUGUUCACUGUGAAGCUUGCAGUUACUCUGACACUGAUUGGUGGUGUCCAACAUGUGGAUGCUUCUGGAACGAAGGUUCGUGGAGAAUCUCACUUGCUUCUUGUUGGAGAUCCAGGUACUGGUAAGUCCCAAUUUCUAAAGUUUGCGGCAAAGCUAAGCAACCGAUCUGUGAUUACUACUGGACUAGGCAGUACCAGUGCAGGCUUAACUGUUACUGCUGUGAAGGAUGGAGGGGAAUGGAUGUUGGAGGCUGGUGCCCUUGUCUUGGCUGAUGGAGGGCUUUGUUGCAUAGAUGAAUUUGAUAGCAUGCGAGAGCAUGAUAGAGCAACCAUACAUGAAGCAAUGGAGCAACAAACUAUCAGUGUGGCAAAGGCUGGUCUCGUGACUACUCUGAGUACCAGAACUACAGUAUUUGGUGCAACUAAUCCGAAGGGACAAUACGAUCCUAUCCAACCAUUGUCUGUCAAUACAACUCUGUCUGGACCACUUCUGAGCAGAUUUGAUAUAGUUCUUGUUCUCUUGGACACCAAAAAUCCUGAAUGGGAUGCCAUCGUAUCAUCUCAUAUUCUAGGAAUUAAAGGAGAACCAAGAAGUGAAAGUGAUGAACCUGAAACAAAUAUCUGGUCAUUAAUGAUGCUUCGGAGGUAUAUUUACUAUGUGAAGGAACAUUUUAAACCUGUGUUAACAAAGGAGUCAGAAAGAAUUAUUUCAAGUUAUUAUCAACUCCAACGAAGAUCUGCAACACAUAAUGCAGCUAGGACAACUGUGCGAAUGCUUGAGAGUUUAAUAAGGUUGGCACACGCACAUGCAAGACUCAUGUUCAGAAAUGAGGUUACUCGUCUUGAUGCUAUUGCUGCAAUAUUAUGUGUUGAAUCAUCAAUGACAACAUCAGCAAUUGUGGACACCGUUGGAAAUGCUUUGCACUCCAACUUUACUGAUAAUCCUGAUGAGGAAUAUGCAAAGCAAGAGGAGUUAAUUUUGGAGAAGCUUAUUGCGGUAGAAUAAUACAAAUAGGACAAGGUACAUGCAACUUGCUCUCGGAAGAAGGCACAUGCAGCAGUUGGGCCUCGGUAGAAGACUGGAGAACAAUGAAUUGGUGAAAUUCUGAUUAUAAAAAUGACUUUGUAUCAUUAGAUUAUGUAGUCAUACCCUGUUUUAAGUAUACUUAUAUUUAGUAGAUAAUUAAGGUGUACUCUUUUACCAUCCGAUUCACCUGAUUUGGAAUUAAAAAUGGGGCAGGGAUUAAAUCGUGACGGACG